AUGUUUCGCGCUCUCGUCAACAUCUUCUUUACUUCCACCCCCUUCUUCUACUUCAGCCACCACGUCUCCAACUACUUCGGCAAGUACGUCUCCAACUACAUCAGCAACAACGUCUGCUACAACUCAAGGACCACCAAUAAAUUGUGCGAGUGGCGGGUGCUGCCGGUAGGGCAGGACAUGCUUACUCUUUUCGUUGACAAAUCCCAGACGUGCGCCUCGAGCUGUGUGGGGAGGGCUACCGGGUACUACCCUGACUGUACGGACCCCUGCAAGGUGUUCCGCAUCUGUCACGCUGGGCAGGAGUUUCUGACCAACUGUGACCCCUUGUUCUACAACUUUGUUGACGGGGAGUGUGACCUGCUCCCCACACCUGGAUGCAGGGAUGUAACAACGUCAAUGACAACAAGCGAGACAACAUCGGUGACCACUUCCAUCACUACGAGUCCGACCACGCCUGCAACUACAUCGCCAACCACGUCGCCUACCAUGUCAGCAACAACUAGUGCAACAACCUCUCCUACUACAUCGGCCACUACAUCAGUAACCACAUCGCCUACCACGUCGGCAACCACAUCGGCAACAACGUCUCCCACAACCUCGCCCACCACUUCACCUACCACAUCAGCCACAACUUCGCCAACAAUCUCGGUGACUACUUCAGCGACCACGUCUGCAACUACAUCGCCAACCACGUCGCCUACCACGUCAGCAACAACUAGUGCAACAACCUCUCCUACUACAUCAGCCACUACAUCAGUAACCACAUCGCCUACCACGUCGGCAACCACAUCGGCAACAACGUCUCCCACAACCUCGCCCACCACUUCACCUACCACAUCAGCCCCAACUUCGCCAUUAACCUCGGUGACUACUUCAGCGACCACGUCUGCAACUACAUCGCCAACCACGUCGCCAACCACGUCAGCAACAACUAGUGGUCAGUAA